UGGGAGAGAAGAAAGGGGAAGAAAGGGUUGUUUUCAUUGGGAUUUAUUUUGUCAAAGAAGGGUCAAAAGGAAGGCAAAAAUUAGCAGCAGCCAUCAAUAUUCAAUCUUUCUUGUGCAUUGUGUGUUAGGUUUGGAUUCUUUUACAUGUUGCGGUUGUGGAAAUGGUACCAAAAUUGCUUGGCUUUACAUCCGGUGAAGACUCAGGUCAUCAGCUCCGGUCUUAUAUGGGGUCUCGGCGAUGUAUCUGCUCAAGCCGUCACUCAUUAUACAGCAAAGAAACACCAUCAUCUUCAUUCUAAUGAAAAUAAAGAAUUUGCAAUCAACUGGAGACGAGUUGCCACAACGAGCUUGUUCGGCUUUGCAUUUGUUGGACCCGUUGGCCACUUCUGGUAUGAAGGGUUGGAUCGCGUCAUAAGACUGAGAUUUCAAAUGCAACCUAAAUCCCUGCGGUUUGUUGCUACAAAAGUAGCACUUGAUGGUAUAAUCUUUGGGCCCCUGGAUUUACUCGUCUUCUUCACAUACAUGGGUUACUCCACUGGCAAAAAUACUGCUCAAGUUAUUGAAGGUGUGAAGAGAGAUUUUCUUCCGGCCUUAAUACUAGAGGGAGGUAUAUGGCCUAUUGUCCAGGUGGCCAACUUCCGCUACAUACCAGUUAGGUAUCAGCUCCUUUACGUCAAUUUCUUCUGCUUGCUUGAUAGCUCGUUCCUUUCAUGGAUUGAACAGCAAGAAGAUGCUGCAUGGAAGCAAUGGUUGAAAAACAUUGUGCGCUUAAAGGAACAAAAGGAGUAAGUAUUUACAGGAAUCUUGGAGAGUGUCGAUUUGGAAAUUGGUAGUUCGAUUCAGUAAAAGUGAUAGCACUUUGUCAAGCUACUCUAUAAUCCAUUGAAGCUUAACAUAGCUAUUAUGGUCCCAUCUGUAUCCACUCUACAUUUUGAUUGAUACUGUUCUCCUUAGUCCCACCCCCCUCCUUGCUCCAGCCUCAUAUUUGACAUUUGAGGUUAAUUUUGAGAAUGACAUUUUCCUUUUUAUUGAGAAAUUGAAUUCGAUUUGCUAUCAAGCACUGAUAUCUGUUGUCUUUGUUAAUGUUA